CAUUGGGGUCCACCAAUCAACGCCUUGGAUUUGGAACAUGUUGUGUUUUGCCAGGAGGCAUCAUGGGGCGCGAGGCCAAGAAGGCCAAAGCCAAGCAGUCGAGAGCUAAACAAGCAGCUUCGUCCAAAAAGAAGGCAGGGCGCGGGUCUUCUGGCACAGGAAUUGACGUGCACGCCGUGCGAGCGCAGUUGGCCACGCGCGGGUACCAACUGGUGACCAUUGAAUCUGACGGCAACUGCUUGUUUCGAGCACUAAGCGACCAACUGCAUGGCGACCAGAGCCAUUUUGCGGCAGUUCGGCAGCGCAUUGUGGCCCAUAUCAAAACGCAUCAAGAUGAGCUGGAGCCAUUUAUGGAAGACGAGGAGAAGUUCGACCAUUAUUGCAAACGCAUGGCGGACGACGGGGUUUGGGGUGGCAACCUCGAGCUCUUUGUCGCAGCACAAGUGUGGCAACACCAUAUCGUUGUGCACCAGGUGGACGGGAACUGCACUACGAUAGACUGUGGCGACGCCCAAGCCGAGACCUUUCACGUGUGUUAUUACAACGACGAACAUUACGAUAGCAUUCGAAGCAUCGACGACGACUUGACGGGGGCCCCUACUCAGAUUCGCCAUGACACUGCAGGGUCGGGUAAAAUUUGCGUCGAAGACAACGCAUCCAACACAACAUCUGCAAAAGACACUGCGAAUCGCGAUAUCGAGAGAGUCCCACACACUCCAGAACUCCAACUCGUCCAGUUGUGGGCAAAACUCAACUGUGACGAGAACCGAGUGCGCCGAAAACUAGCCAAAAGGAUCGUCAAAACAAACAAGCGAAAAUAAGACCCAAACUCGUAUUAUUACAGGGCUAGGCAAUUUUGUAUUCGAACUACGGUUAUUG